GCAUGCGCGCCAGCGCUCCCCUAACGCCGCGAGCGACCGUCGCCGGCGCAUCUAACUUCUAACAAAUAUUAGAUUCGCGAAAGCUUCGUGCUUAUGCUGACUUUGAUAAUGCCGCUGCGAACGGCUGAGUUUUUUGUUAUCAAUUUGACUUUUGAAAACAACGUAAUGAUCAGACUUUGAGUAUGCCGUCUAAGGUGGUGCGCGUGACAAAGUUUCUGCUGGCGGCAGUGACUGUCUUCUUUUUUAGCUGGAUGGUGUGUGUGAAUGAAUGGCACAAUGGGGUGGCGUGGGGCGGGCGGCGCGGGCGCAGCGCCGCGUCCACCAUGAGGACUAUCGUGGCCUACUCGGAGGACAAGCAGGCGGAGAUGGAUCGACCCUCCCCCGUCACCUGCGACCGCCUUCCAGCAUUCCCAGACAUACCAUAUAUUAAUCGAACUUGGAGCCGCAACAGCAAAGAAAACACGUGGCAGAAAGUGGAAGGCACCGGAGUAUCACUGUACGCGGCCUUUUACGACCAGCGAGCAGCGCAGCCCUAUGUGCGGAUACUUGCGUCCUUUCAAGGUCGCAACAUUUUGACAGAGUUGCCAUUAUUCUGCCAAACACGUUCAUUGAACUCCGAAGAAUCUGUAGAAGUGGUGGCAGCCAAACCGUUGGAAAUUUGGUGGCACGAAUGGGACUCGACGACGUCUGAGAUUGAAACACCUUUGUUGUUGUCAUGUCCUCUGACGGAAGCCCUGAAUGGCCCUUCAACGGUAUCCAUCGUGACGCAGCCGUGUGAUGACCCCACCAACGCGUUUGCUUUGAAAUCUUAUUCCAGAGAUAUGAAUUACAAGAGAACUUUUACAAUUUGUGUAAAGGAUAUGAAAUUCGAAAAUGAUGUAUCACAAAAUCUAGUCGAAUGGAUAGAAACGAAUAAGAUACUUGGCGUAGACAUGAUCGAUAUGUACAUAGACAGCAUCACUAAGGAAUGUGAAAAUAUUCUGUUUUAUUAUAGAGAUCUAGGUUAUGUUAGAUUAUUCCAAGUUCCUAUUAAACAUAAGCUAGAGAGGUCAUUAUGGCAGCGCAGAAGAGACCACAUAAUAACUUACAAUGAUUGCUUGUAUCGGAAUAUACGAGAAUCUGAAUACAUUAUCCCGUUAGAUGUUGAUGAAAUAGUAUUACCGAAAGAAGUAUUAACAUGGCCAGAACUGCUUAGCCGGCUGAGUAUUCGUGGCUGGGAUCCAUCGCAAUACUCAGCUAUUAUGAUACAAAAUGCAUUUUUCUUUGACUUCAUGCAAGGACUUAAUAAAUAUAAAGCUAAGAAGUUAAGUUAUAAUAAUAGUAAAAUAUAUAUUAAGCGAGAUGAUGUGCGGAUAAAGGAUGCUGAAUAUUUAGAAGAAAUAGAAUUGAUUGACUAUGAAAAUAGGAUAGACAAUGAAGUCAUAGAUAUUAAGGAUACCGACAAGGAGUUGUAUGAUAUGUAUAAAGAAAAGUGUGGGAAAGAAUUGGUGGUCCCAAAAUUAGUGCGGCACAUAGUGAGGUCAGCAGUUAUUAGUCCUAAAGGUUCGUACAGCAAGAGUUUUAUGCUGACGAGGAAAGUGCUGACUGCCUUCAACCAUUACCCUUUGGCCAGUCUUGGCUCGGCUGGCUUCCUCGGCUGGUCGGCGCCAUUCAGUGAAGUGCAGCUCAACCAUUACAAGGAGUCGUGCAACACGACGGUGGUGGCGGAGUGCGCGCGCUACGGCCGCCGCGCCCGCGUCGACACCGCGGCGCUGCGCCUCGGCGAGCUACUCACGCGCGCCCUCACCCGUCACUGUCCUCCACAAUAA